AUGAAGAACAAAGAGGGCUGGGACGGUAAGCUUCGUGUCGAGCCGAAGGCUGUGAUUACGAACCCAGAGGCAUUGGAGGAUUCAGACUAUUCCGACCCAGAGGCCCCACCAGUUGAGGAGAUCGAGGCGGACGAAGAUCUCCUAGCAGAAGAGGAUCCGGAAGUUGAGAGGCUAUGCUUUCGUCAAAACCAGAUAUCCCGUAUCGAAUUCCCACCGAAUGUUGCCGCCACCCUUCGAGAGCUCGAUCUCUAUGACAACCUUAUCGGUCAUGUGAAGGGUCUAGACGAGUUCCGUGAGUUGACCAGCUUGGACCUUAGCUUCAACAAGAUUAAACACAUCAAGAAUGUGGAUCACCUGGUUAAGUUGAGGGAGCUCUUUUUUGUCCAGAAUAAGAUCUCCCGGAUUGAAGGGUUAGACGAGUUGACUGCUCUGAGGAAUCUGGAGCUGGGUGCAAACCGGAUCCGCGAAAUCGAAAAUCUGGAUUCCCUCGCAGCUCUCGAGGAGCUGUGGCUCGGAAAGAAUAAGAUCACGGAGAUGAAAAACUUGGACCACCUCUCUAACCUCCGCAUCAUUUCCAUUCAAUCAAAUCGCCUCACCAACAUCACAGGUGUCUCUGCCCUACCGAAGCUCGAAGAACUAUACCUUUCCCAUAAUGCUAUUUCCGACCUCUCAGGAUUAGAAUCCAAUACCACCCUGCGCGUGUUGGAUUUUUCCAACAACCAGGUCUCCCAUUUGGAGCACUUGACUACAUUGAAGAACCUUGAGGAGCUCUGGGGAUCAAAUAACCAGCUUUCUAGCUUCGACGAGGUGGAACGUGAGCUCAAAGACAAGGAGAAGCUGCAGACUGUGUACUUUGAGGGAAACCCUCUACAGACGAAUGGGCCCGCAGUAUAUCGCAACAAAGUGCGCUUGGCCUUGCCGCAAGUUGUCCAGAUCGAUGCCACUUAUGUGCGAGUGUGA